AGGAGGAAGUCGGCUGUUGUAUAAAGUCCCGGGCACGUUUAUGUAUUUUUAUCUGUAAAGCUCACAUUAGCGAACUUAGAAAAUUUGAACGCGUUCUUUCACUGACCAAAGAAGAGGAUUAUUGAAUUAUCAGUGUAGCUAGAGAAUUGGACCUCGCUAAACAAUAGCUUUACAGUUGAGAGGAAGCGCUUUUAUGACAUUUAGGAGAGACAUUAAUUUUUGGCAACAUUAUUUUUUUUAUAUUGUUGUAAUAUAAAUUUAUUGCCUCCGUAUAAGAUAGGGGUGUUAUCGUAACCUUAAGUAGAAGUAGGAUAGUGUUUACAAUGGACACUUUAAUCUUUUGUCACAUCUUCUGAUACGGUCAAACAAUUAGCGUAAUUAUUAUUCAGUUCACCUAUGAAUGCAACAGAUUAGGCUUGGACAUUUAAACUCAUAAAGCAAAACUAAUAAGGUCAGUGUCAUCAUUCAAAAAUGGAAGAUGAGGUCUUUGAUCAGGUUGUAUAUGUUUUCAAUCAUCUGGUCUCGUGGAUUGCUGCUCUUGCUAUUAUAUUUGGCGGUGUGGUCCCAUACAUCCCCCAAUAUAGAGAUAUACGACGGACACAAAAUGCUGAGGGAUUCUCCACCUAUGUUUGUCUUGUAUUGCUUGUUGCGAACAUUUUAAGAAUACUUUUCAGGUUUGGGCGUUUCUUUGAGAAUGCACUGCUGUGGCAGAGCAUCGUAAUGAUAGUCACCAUGCUGAUCAUGCUCAACUCGUGCACAAGUGUCCGCGUGGCUGCUGAACUCAGCACCAAGCGUCGCUCAUUCACAGCAACAGACAGUAAGGACGAGGAAAUCAGAGUUCCUAAGAAGCUCUUUCUGGAUUUUGAUUGGAACUACUUCUGGCUGUGGAGUCGUUUUGUGGACUACCUGCAGUGUGUGUUGGUGUUCACACUUGUGGCAGCGUAUGUGACAUACCUGCUGCUGGACUCUGCACUCUUUGUGGAGAUGCUGGGCUUCUUGGCUGUGUUCACAGAGGCCAUGCUGGGCACUCCACAACUCUACUGCAACUACCAGAACAAAUCUACUGAGGGCAUGAGCAUCAAAAUGGUGUUGAUGUGGACAAGUGGAGACACCUUUAAAACAGGUUAUUUCAUGGUAACUCAGGCUCCUAUGCAGUUCUGGAUCUGUGGCUUGUUGCAGGUGUGUGUGGACAUCGCCAUCCUCUCCCAGGUGUACUACUACAGCCGAUACCCACAGAAACCUGCUUCACACACCACACACACCACAAGCGCUAAGGCACUGUAAGACACUGUAUUCACAAGAAGCAUCCACAGCAGGCAUGGGCAUACAAACUCUUAACAUUUAAAAUGUCUGAGUUUGGGAAGACUGUUGCCUGACGAUGACCUGGACUUUUGUCACUUUUCAUGUUUCAUCGCUGAACUGAUGGAUUCUUAUUUAUUGUAUGCUUGCGUAUUACAGAAGGUUACAUGUUCAUGGGUGAAUGACUGCAUGCACACAGGCUCUGUACAUGUAUUUAUGCCACACAAGAUUCUGACCUCACUGCUCAGCUACUGUUUUAUAGUCAGAAGCUGUAUUUUUUGUAUAUGAGUCCAGGACAAUAAUUAUUGAGAAUAAAAAUGUCUGCCUUAGAUACAAAAAAGGGCUGGUUUACUUUCACAGAAGUAGUAAUGUAUUUUUAAAACAGCUUUUCCCACUGGACUGACAAACAAUUGAUGUAUAUUUCACCAUUGUUAUAUUGUUUGUUGAUGAUUAGCCAUUUAGUGCUUAGAAACUAAAUGGGUUUGUGUCUUGCUGGUAUGACUUCUGUUUGCUAUGAAUGUGUUGAGUUGUAACUCAUGCUGUGUUCAAAAACACUCCCUUUAUAAUUGGCUUGCAGAAACUGGGAAUAUUCUUUUACAACCAAUACUCCAAAAGAAAAAAUAUCCCACAUGCUUUAAAGAUUAAUAUGAGGAAUGCAUCAUCCCUUUGCAUCCUCUUAUGUGAAUUAGUCAUUUAGUAGUACAGUCAUUUCAACUGCAGGACCAUCUGAGCGACAUCAUGUUGUUUUGGGUACUAUCUCUGGAUGAUAUUGCUGAUUAUCAUUUGAGUUUUAAACCCUUAAUCAUGAUGUAAUCUGGGGCCAAAGGUUCAAAUAUAUACUGUUCUUUGAGUGCUAAAUGAAGGUGCUAUUUGAAGUGUUGUAGUAAGGCAUGCUCAUAGUGAGUAAUAUUAUUAUGCACUCUUAUGAGUUAUUGAAUAUGUGGUGAAUAUUGAUUUUAAAAAGGUAUUUAGUGGGUAAAAGUUCAAGGCUGAUAUUCCUGAAUCACUUCAGUAGAAUUGUAUGUAAUUUUUCAUUAUAAUACAUUUUUGUUCUACCUUCUAAGUCAGAUUUGAUUAUUCUGAGUAGUUUUAAAAUAGUCCAGUGAUAAGUGAUAUCGGUACAAAAAGUUAUUUUGACUGGUGUGAAAUAGCAAUAUAUUCCCUUUUGAAAUGCAUUUGUACAGAAGACAAUGCCAUUUCUGCUAUACUGGGCAUUUUAAAAGCAGUGUUCUUAUAUGGAUCUGUAGGGAAAGCUUGGGUGCUUGAAGAACUUAAAUUUGAAACUGAACACAAUGGGAUACAGCAUAUUGUCAUCUAGACAUUUUCAUUUUGUUCUGUAAUUUCAUUGUAUUUUCUAGGCUGAUGUUAAACACAAGGCAUUUUGGGGACUCUUCUGUAUGCUGAUUUUUUAAGAAAUCUGAAUCAUACACAGUUCUUGUUAUCUGACUUUAUUGUUUGCUAGUGCCAAAGCAAACCAAAUGUUUUGUUGUGCACUAGGUAAUAAUUAAUAUACAAUUUCUGUGUCAGUGCCACUCAAUUAUUUAAACACAUUGUAGCACUUAAUGUACUUUAGUACAUUAAUGUACUUUAAUGUACUUAAGUGGUAUUUUUAGAUUUUGGUCAUAAUCGACAAAAAAGGAUUGGACAAAGGUCCAACAUAAUCAUACUACCAUAAAAUGACUGCCCAAUCCUGGUCCACCAAAGAAUGACUCUCAGAUGAAAAUGUGACUAUAUUAUCAACAGUGGGUUUCUGCGAAGGUAUAGGACUGGUUAGUUAUGUAUUCAUGUAUGAUGCACCUUUAUCUCUGUUACUGCUCAUUGUCCUUGUUUUAUGCAUUAAAAAAACAGUUUGUAUACUGUGUACUCCAACAAAAUGCUGAUCCAAGUAAUAUGUUAUUUUUCUUACAUUUGUAUUCAUAAAUCAUAUCAGAAUUAUGUUUUGCAUAUGUAUAAGUUAUUUAUGUUGAAAAGCUUGGAUGUUCUUUUUGGGCAGUCAUUGUUUAUUUUUGUAUUUUAAUACAAAAUGGUUUUCAACACCAUUUUAGCUUUUCCAAACAAUUAUUGUCAACAUUCUGUAUUAUGAAAUGUAUGAAUUUCAUAUGUGAAAUGUAUAAUUAUUUUAGCCAUAUUCCGCCAUGAUAAUAUGCAAAAUGUUUCUUGAUGGGCUUUAAGUGUACAUUUAGCAUAAUUUAUGUUAAAUCCAGUCGCCUUUUUUUAUGUGUAUUCAUUGCAUUUGUAAUCAGAGAGCAACAGUUUACAUGCUUUUAAAUUUUAUAUAUAGCUAAACAGGUGGCCUUUUAGUAUAUUUACUUCAAAAUAAUCAGCACUUUAUAGUACAACAUGAAUGACUUUAAGCAACUUUAAUGGUUCAUUUACAAUCUUUGUCAGACUUCAUCAAAAGAUUGUUGAACACGUAUUUAAUUCCCUAUACAUGGUUUUGCUGUUUGGCUAGAAUGUUACAUUUUUAUGGCUUUAUUUUGGUUUUAUCUCACUAAAAAUAAGUUUACUGCAUGGUCAGAUUGUUGCAGUCUGCUAAAUGGUGUAUGCGUGGUGAAUAGACUAAUAGUUCUUAUUAAAAUAGGAUACAAGUUUGUA